AUGCUCACGCUCCGGCUUCUCAUGCACGGAAAGGAAGUGGGAAGCAUCAUCGGAAAGAAAGGAGAAACGGUGAAGAAGAUGAGAGAGGAGAGCGGAGCCAGAAUCAACAUCUCAGAAGGCUCGUCCCCAGAGAGGAUCGUCACCAUCACGGGCCCCACGGAGGGGAUCUUCAGGGCCUUCUCUAUGAUCGCGCUCAAGUUUGAAGAGGACAUCACGUCGGCCAUGUUGAACAGCAGUGUGACCAGCAAACCCCCUGUGACUCUCCGUCUGGUGUUUCCCGGGAGUCAGUGCGGCUCGCUCAUCGGCAAAGGAGGCUCCAAGAUCAAGGAGAUCAGAGAGAGCACCGGGGCCCAGGUGCAGGUGGCUGGGGACAUGCUUCCAGAGUCCACAGAGCGAGCGGUGACCAUCUCUGGGACGCCUCAAGCCAUCACCCAAUGUGUGCGCCACAUCUGCUCCGUCAUGCUGGAGUCUCCGCCCAAAGGAGCCACGAUCCCGUACAGACCCAAAGGACUGGGACUGGGACCACACACUAUGAUGGCCAGUCCACACGCUGCUCAGGCCUUUGCUCUCCCUGGACAGUACGCGUUCGCACAAGACUUCACCAAGCUUCAGCAGCUGGCCCUGCCGCACCUCCCCUUCCCCCCCCUUGGGCAGAGUCACCCCACCUUCCCCGGAAUGGACGCCUCCACCACGUCACAGGAGCUGGCCGUCCCCAACGAUUUUGUGGGCUGCAUAAUCGGGCGCCAGGGCAGUAAAAUCAACGAGAUCCGACAGGCCUCAGGAGCACACAUCAAGAUCGGGAGUGUGGUGGACGGGUCGGCCACGCGGCAGGUCACCAUCACGGGGUCUCCGGCCAGUAUCAGCGUGGCCCAGUACCUGAUCUCUGCCAGUCUGGAGAUGGCCAAAUACACCAUGGCGGCGGCGGCGGCGGCCUCUGGUUCCCCCGCGGACCUCAGCCUGGCCUUCCCCUCUGCUUCUUCUCCUGGAGCCUCAGGAGUUCCUGGUUCCUCCGCUGCUAUGCUAACCAGUGCCCAGCCUGGAGCCACUCUCUCAGGGAUCAACCCCCACUACGCCGCCCUGCCCAUGUCGUCUCUGCUGGGCAUGAAGACUCUCCCCUUCCUGGCCAUGCACCCGUCCGCUCUGACCCAGGGGCUAGCGGCGGCGGGGCUAACCGGGCUAGCUCCCUACGCGGCUAAAAUGUCCACCGGAGCCGGCAAGAAAAGCAAACAGGAGAGAGCGGACGAGGCAAAAAGCACCGGGUCCAACUGCGCAUUGGGUGACCUUGUGGACCACAGCGUUCCCAUCAUCAGCGUUCCCGUCAUCAGCGUUCCCGUCAUCAGCGUUCCCGUCAUCAGCGUUCCCGUCAUCAGCGUUCCCGACAUCAGCGUUCCCGUCAUCAGCGUUCCCGUCAUCAGCGUUCCCGUCAUCAGCGUUCCCGACAUCAGCGUUCCCGUCAUCAGCGUUCCCGUCAUCAGCGUUCCCGUCAUCAGCGUUCCCGUCAUCAGCGUUCCCAACAUCAGCGUUCCCGUCAUCAACGUUCCCGACAUCAGCGUUCCCGUCAUCAGCGUUCCCGUCAUCAGCGUUCCCGUCAUUGGCAGGCACGUUCCCGUCCUCAGCGUUCCCCUCAUCAGCGUUCCCGUCAUCAGUGUUCCCGUCAUCAGUGUUCCCGUCAUCAGCGUUCCCAUCAUCAGCGUUCCUGUCAUCAGUCUUCCCGUCAUCAGCGUUCUCGUCAUCAGCGUUCCCGUCAUCAGCGUUCCCGUCAUCAGCGUUCCUGUCAUCAGCGUUCUCGUCAUCAGCGUUCCCCGUGUUCCCAUCAUCAGCGUUCCCGUCAUCAGCGUUCCCAUCAUCAGUGUUCCCGUCAUCAGUGUUCCCGUCAUCAGUGUUCCCAUCAUCAGCGCUCCCGUCAUCAGUGUUCCCGUCAUCAGUGUUCCCAUCAUCAGCGUUCCUGUCAUCAGUCUUCCCGUCAUCAGCGUUCUCGUCAUCAGCGUUCUCGUCAUCAGCGUUCCCGUCAUCAGCGUUCCUGUCAUCAGCGUUCUCGUCAUCAGCGUUCCCGUCAUCAGCGUUCCCAUCAUCAGCGUUCCCAUCAUCAGCGUGUUCCCAUCAUCAGCGUGUUCCCAUCAUCAGUGUUCCCCGUUCCUGUCAUCAGUCUUCCCGUCAUCAGCGUUCUCGUCAUCAGCGUUCUCGUCAUCAGCGUUCCCGUCAUCAGCGUUCCUGUCAUCAGCGUUCUCGUCAUCAGCGUUCCCGUCAUCAGCGUUCCCAUCAUCAGCGUUCCCAUCAUCAGCGUGUUCCCAUCAUCAGCGUGUUCCCAUCAUCAGCGUUCCCGUCAUCAGCGUUCUCGUCAUCAGCGUUCCCGUCAUCGGCGUUCCCGUCAUCGGCGUUCCCAUCAUCAACGUUCCCGUCAUCAGCGUUCCCAUCAUCAGCGUUCCCGUCAUCAGUGUUCCCGUCAUCAGCGUUCCCAUCAUCAGCGUUCCCAUCAUCAGCGUCCCCAUCAUCAGCGUUCCCAUCAUCAGCGUUCCCAUCAUCAGCGUUUCUGUCAUCAGUCUUCCCGUCAUCAGCGUUCUCGUCAUCAGCGUUCCCGUCAUCAGCGUUCCCGUCAUCAGCGUUCCUGUCAUCAGCGUUCCCGUCAUCAGCGUUCCCGUCAUCAGCGUUCCCGUCAUCAGCGUUCCCGACAUCAGCGUUCCCGUCAUCAGCGUUCCCGUCAUCAGCGUUCCCGUCAUCAGCGUUCCCGUCAUCAGCGUUCCCAACAUCAGCGUUCCCGUCAUCAACGUUCCCGACAUCAGCGUUCCCGUCAUCAGCGUUCCCGUCAUCAGCGUUCCCGUCAUUGGCAGGCACGUUCCCGUCCUCAGCGUUCCCGUCAUCAGCGUUCCCGUCAUCAGUGUUCCCGUCAUCAGUGUUCCCGUCAUCAGCGUUCCCAUCAUCAGCGUUCCUGUCAUCAGUCUUCCCGUCAUCAGCGUUCUCGUCAUCAGCGUUCCCGUCAUCAGCGUUCCCGUCAUCAGCGUUCCUGUCAUCAGCGUUCUCGUCAUCAGCGUUCCCGUCAUCAGCGUUCCCAUCAUCAGCGUUCGCAUCAUCAGCGUUCCCAUCAUCAGCGUUCCCAUCAUCAGCGUGUUCCCAUCAUCAGCGUGUUCCCAUCAUCAGCGUUCCCCGCUCCCGUCAUCAGUGUUCCCGUCAUCAGUGUUCCCAUCAUCAGCGUUCCUGUCAUCAGUCUUCCCGUCAUCAGCGUUCUCGUCAUCAGCGUUCUCGUCAUCAGCGUUCCCGUCAUCAGCGUUCCUGUCAUCAGCGUUCUCGUCAUCAGCGUUCCCGUCAUCAGCGUUCCCAUCAUCAGCGUUCCCAUCAUCAGCGUGUUCCCAUCAUCAGCGUGUUCCCAUCAUCAGCGUUCCCGUCAUCAGCGUUCUCGUCAUCAGCGUUCCCGUCAUCGGCGUUCCCGUCAUCGGCGUUCCCAUCAUCAACGUUCCCGUCAUCAGCGUUCCCAUCAUCAGCGUUCCCGUCAUCAGUGUUCCCGUCAUCAGCGUUCCCAUCAUCAGCGUUCCCAUCAUCAGCGUCCCCAUCAUCAGCGUUCCCAUCAUCAGCGUUCCCAUCAUCAGCGUUUCUGUCAUCAGUCUUCCCGUCAUCAGCGUUCUCGUCAUCAGCGUUCCCGUCAUCAGCGUUCCCGUCAUCAGCGUUCCUGUCAUCAGCGUUCUCGUCAUCAGCGUUCCCAUCAUCAGCGUUCCCAUCAUCAGCGUUCCCAUCGUCAGCGUUCCCAUCAUCAGCGUGUUCCCAUCAUCAGCAUGUUCCCAUCAUCUGCGUUCCCAUCAUCAGCGUUCCCAUCAUCAGCGUUCCCAUCAUCAGCGUGUUCCCAUCAUCAGCGUUCCCGCCAUCAGCGUUCUCGUCAUCAGCGUUCCCGUCAUCAGCGUUUCCGUCAUCAGCGUUCCCGUCAUCAGCGUUCCCGUCAUCGGCGUUCCCUUUAUCAGCGUUUCCGUCAUCAGCGUUCCCGUCAUCAGCAUUCCCGUCAUCAGCGUUCCCUUUAUCAGCGUUCCCUUUAUCAGCGUUCCCGUCAUCAGCGUUCCCGUCAUCAGCGUUCCCGUCAUCAGCGUUCCCAUCAUCAGCGUUCCCAUCAUCAGCGUUCCCAUCAUCAGCGUUCCCAUCAUCAGCGUUUCUGUCAUCAGUCUUCCCGUUCUGAGACGCCUUUCCCGGGAGAGCGGCCGACCAUUCGAGCUUGUUUUAAAAGGAGCUAUGGACCAGAUUAGCUCUCAUCUCGGAGCCGCUGGCGGAGAGAACGAAGACGAAGAGGAGGAGGAGGAAGAUGAUGAUGAGGAGGAUGACGAUGAUGAUGAGGAGGAAGGAGUCGGGACCGGAGAUGUACCUGUUGUCCUACGUCACUCCUCUCUCAUAGACACUAUCUGUGGCAGUUCUGAGCCGUGUCCAGCAGGGGGCACUGCUGCACUGGCGCUGUUCCGUCUCUGUCUCUUUUAUAAAAACGGUAACUUGGAGUUUCUCCCUGGGGCGUCUGAACCAGAGCAGUUUUGUCACAUGAAAAAUCCGCUCCACAAAGUCAUUCCUCAGUUGAAGCAGAAGGAUGCCAUGGGCUUUGAACAAGGGGACUUAAUGUUGAGAGACCAGUUCGUUAUGGGCCUCAAGGAUGGCCCCAUCCGCCAGGAACUGAGAUGGCAGGUGCGAAAAAGGCCUGCACUCACCUUCGACGAGGUGAAAACAGAGGCUCUGGCCAUAGAGGAGGAGCAGGCAGAACAAUGGCCUCCACAUGACUGCUUAGUGGUAACUUUGUUUAGCGAGAGUGUCUGCAGGAACCUCCUCGGGGGUGAAAAGCUUAGAGGUAGUAAGGAACUACCCUGGUUGACGCUGAGGGCUGCUAAUGGGCUAAACAUUCCGUGGGUGGGUUACCUAGUGGCAGACUUUGUGGUGCAGGGGGUCCGGGUGCCAGCGCGCGGCAUUGUAGUUGCUAAGGACAGUUGUGUGGGAGCCGAUAAAGCAAUCCUUGGAAUGAAUGUAAUUGCGGACUGUUGGGAAGAGCUUUUUAACAAAUGCCAGGUGUCCUCCAAACAGUCAAAACCGCUGCUGGGUCGAGAGUGGCACUCUGUGUUUGCGGACUGCCAACGCAUACGCACGGUCUCUUCUGCCGACCCAUGGAAAGCAACGGCAAGGUUAGCCAGCCGCACCCCUGUUACCAUCCCUGCACAGAGCGAAAUGACUCUUUGGGCCAAAAUUCCUCUAUCGUCCCAACAUUGGCAAUGUGAGGCACUAGUAGAACCCCUUGGGGAAAACGGAGGGGUCGAGGUGGCAAGAGCCCUGGUGACUGUGGGAAAGGGCCGUAUUCCUGUGCGGCUCAGGAAUAUUCAUCCUUACGCGGUUCAGCUGAGCAGGUUCCAGAGGCUGGCGACAGUUACAGCUAUCGACCCCCGACAGCAUUAG